CGCUACUUGUUCAUGAGCAGAAGUUCAAGAAAAGACCAGUAGCUAAGGAGGGCCGAACUUUGAGAACAACUCAUAUUUUUUGUGGUAGAAGUGUUAGAGGUUGUGAGAUUUAUCGAAGUAGAGGACACAGUCAAUGUGGAAGAGGCUGGAACAUGGACAAUGUUCAGUGUUCUUAAGUGUCAUAAGCUGGGAUACUUUCGAGUUAAUUGUCCAGAGUGGUACAAUCAACAUACAAAAUACUCUGAGCAAGGUGAUGUGAAGGAUAAUGUUUUUUUAGGGCACAUAGUGAUCAAGAGUUAGAUCAAAAGGAGCAAGAUCAUUUUUUGUUGAUGGCUAUUAAAGACGAAAAAGAAGAGAUUGUGGACAAUCAAGGUCGGUGUGAGUGGUUCUUUGACACAGUCAAGGAGGUUGAGGAAGAUUCUCGAGUUCGAAUGGGAGCACUAGAGAUUUUCGAGGAUGAGGAGAUGUCUUUGCUAGUUCAUGAUGCACAAUCUGUCUCGAAACUUGAACAUCAAUAUCCACAGGCCACUAGAGCUGAAGUAGUGGCGUGGCAGUUUGAAAAAGAAGAAGAGCCAGCAGAAACAGCAGCUGCAACUACUGCAAAUCCAUAUGGUGCAGGGCAGUUUCAAGAAGACAAAGAAGAGUCAGCAGUGUUGGAGCUUCCCUCCUUUUCAUCAUUAGAAUUCAUAACAAGUUUUGAUCACAAAACGACAGAUGGUGCUUAUGAGACGCAACCACCAGGGGAGGAGAGCAAGAUACUUCUCAGAACGUGGCACAACAUGAUUGAAAUGAGGUAUUUGAUGUAUCAAUACCAGUUAUUAAUUAGAAAGUCCGAGUUGGCAUUAUUGGAUAGCUUGUAUGUGCAUAAUCUGGAGGAUGCCAAACUGGUGACUGCCAAAAGUCAUAAGAAGCUAGUUAAGAAGGUUAAAACCUUAAUUGAAUCUAUGGUUGAGAUAAUAGAUCCGGGUGGAAUGAGAUACUUGGACAGUGUUAAAGUUUCACAAGGUGAUCAAGGGGUUUUCCAUUGUCCAAAAAAUAGUACUAAGGAGCUGCUAGAGAGCUUUCAGCUCUCGGAAAGUAGUGGUUUUGGAGGUGGUUUGUUGCAGGGAUCAAGAUCUAAGUGGGCAAUUGCAAGUGACCUAGUCAAUUACUUGAGAACAUCUAGUUUGGUGUGUGUUGGUGCUACAUCUGAACCUGCUUCCAGCUCAGCAGUGGGCAGCUGCACACAACCUUUUGUGAUACCAACAAGUAAUGUUAAGUGGAAGAAGAGACUGUAAUAGUUGAGGAAUUGGAUUCUAUAGUUAAAAUUAGACCUAUUUACCUGGAUAUAUACAAUAAUUAUAUGUUUGCAAAUAUUGAUAAUCCUCCAAGUUGUGCAGAGGCAGUGGAUUUGCAACCCCAAGAGUUGGUGGUUGCAGGAGAGGAAAAGAAGCAUGCAAAGAAGGUCUUUGAGUGGGUUCAAGUGAUGGAUUUGAUAAGUAUGAGAUAUUGUGUAAACUUGUGUGUGCUAAUGAUCAUAACUUGGUUAUCACAAUGCAAGGGGCAGAUAUGUUACUUGUAACUCUAUGCAGGAAAGGGGUUAUGUUUCUGGACACUAAUUUGGCGAGAGGAAGGUGCAUGAAAGCUAUCAUAAUAGACUGUUUCUGGGCUUCCAAGAGAGGCAUAAAGUAUCUGAUGGGGA